UUUCCAUAGUUGACAGUGGCGGGUAAAAAUUGUCUCAAUUUCUCAAUAUUGAUUUUUCACUUUUUGUGUAAUCAAAUUUCUAGAGAUAUUUCGUUAGUUGUUCCCAUGUGCGGUAUAAUUAUCAAAGUUUGUGCAUCAAAAUGAGAGCAAAGAGAGGGGAGGGGAGGGAUUGUGACAAUUCUCAUAUAAAAAUACCCGGAAAUCGUGAUAGGUAUCAUUAUCAACUCCAAAAUGAAAGCCGACGCAUUUCUCAUUGUCUUCGCCGUCAUUGGUAUCAGUCUCGUCCAGGCACAAUCGGUACAGAAUCUCAUCAACGAUGUUCACAACCUCCUCAAUGACUACAAGCUCGAUUUGAUAAAUACUCAGCGGACGCUCAUAAAUAAUUAUAAGAACCAAAGAAAAAAAGCAGUUGACUACGCCAGCGCUAGUGUUCAACAACUGGCACCGCUCGUUGUGGAGGGUCGGGGGAAUGGAAAGGAAAUAGAAAAAUGUGUCAACCCAUUGAAUUCAAAUACCAAGGCAGCUCUCAAAGAAGACCUGGAUCUAAUGAGGUCUUGCUUCAAUCAAAAUGUACCAGACUAUGCGAAUAUCACUAGAAAGCUUGGUGAUCUGCUGAAGGAAGAGAACAAAUUCCGCACCAGUCUGUUAGAAAUUGAAAAGGGAUGUAAGAACAAGAGGUUUCCAGGGUUAUGUAGUAGUUCGCGUGAGGACACACUAAGAACUUAUAUUAGAGCAUGGAAAAACCAUGGAGAAAGACUGAAAAGAAUUGAGAAGGCGGAUAGUAUUGAUGCAACUAAGAAAAUUGAGCGAUGCAAUACUGCAAUAUUUCUCAAAUUGCAGAAACAAUUGAGCUCUCUUAACAGAAACACUCGACGAUGUAUCGUUGCUCUACCUGUUGGAACGAGAACUACUGAAAAACCAACGACUUCGGUAGCAUCGACAACGUCUACAGAAUCUCCUUCCACUACAGCAACAACUUCAUCAAAUACCAAUGAUACUUCUGUAACGACCGCAGCAUCUACUACCGCUGUUACCCCUGUAACGAAUGAAUCUACAACAUCUACAUCCACAUCUACUACCGUUACGACCACUGUAACGACAGCCAUACCCAUGACUGCUGUUCCUACAACUACUGUUGUAUCCGUUACUACUGAUGCCCUUGUAACAACAGCUGCGCCCACUCCUAGUGCUAACCCCGUUACCACUGCUGCAACUAUUACUACUGUUGACCCUUUAACAACAAUGGAACCUAAUGCCCCUGCUGAUCCUGUAACGAUCGCCGCAUCUAGUACCACUGCUGAUGCUGCAACAACUGUUGCACCUACAACCGUUACACCAACUAUCACAACCACCACUACUCCUGUACCAACCGUGGCACUUACAACCACUGCAGAACCUGCAACAACCGCUACAUCUACUACCACGACCGAGAGCAUAACGACUGUUGCAGCCUCCACCACAGCCGACGCUGUAACGACCGUUGCAUCUACUACCAUUACUGACCCUGUAACAGCCGGUGCCUCUACCGCUACUGCUGAUGCUGAAACAACCGAGGAACCUGCCAUCGUUGACGCCACAACAACAGUUGCACCUACUUCCACUGCUGACCCCAUAAGAACCGUUGCACCAACGAACACAACUACUACUCCCCCGGUAACGACUGUGAGCCUUGCUACCUCUUCUGAAUCAGUACCAACCGUUACAUCUACUACCAUGACGGAGACGACAACGACUGCUGCCUCUACCAUUACUGCUGACCCUGUAACAACCGAGGAAACUACCAUCAUCGUUGACGCUGCACCAACUGAUCCACCUACCCCGCCUGCUGAUCCCAUAAUAAACAUUGGAUCAUCUACCACAACUACUACUCCCCCGGUAACGACUGUGAGCCUUGCUCCCCCUUCUGAAUCAGUAACAACCGUUACAUCCACUACCACGGCUGACGCCAUAACGACUGCUGCCUCUACCAUCACUGCUGACCCUGUAACAACCGAGGAAGCCACCAUCAUCGUUGACCCUGCAACAACUGUUCCACCUACUCCCGCUGUUGACCCCAUAAUAACCGUUGCACCAUCCACCACAACUACUGCUGCUACUGUAACGACCGCAGCACUUACUACCUCUGCUGAACCAAUAACAGACGCUACAUCUACCACGGCUGAAGAUAUAACGACUGUUACAUCCCCUACUACUGCCAAUUCUGCGGCACCUACCAACAUGAUUGAUCCUGUAACGACCAUUGCAUCUACUACCAUUGCCGACGCUGCAACAACAGUUGCAGAUACUAACACCGCACUCCCUGUUGCGACCACUACCUCCACCACCGCUGCCGAUCCUGUAACAACCGAGGAACCUACCAUUGUUGACGCUCCAGCAACAGUAUCAGAUAUUACUACUACUGAUGCAGCAGCAACUGUUCCGCCGGCUCCUAUUGCUGAUCCCAUAACAACCGUUGUACCAUCUACAACUACUACUGAUGAACCAGUAACAACCGGCACAUCGACUACCACAGCAGACGCGAUAACAACUGCAUCCACUACCACUGCCGAUUCUGAAACCACUGUUGUAUCUACUAGCAUUCCUGAUUCUUCAACAACCGCCGCACCAACAACCAUUUCUGAAGCUGCAACAACCGUUACGAUUACCAACGCAGCUGACCGUGUAACAUCAAUUGCAUCUACCACCAUUGCUGACUCUGUAACAACUGAGGAAUCUGCCACAGCUGACGCGGUAGCGACCGAGGCAUCUCCUACCAGUAGCGAUGCUGCAACGACAGUGACAGCUACUACUCCUGCUGACUCUGUAACGAUAGUAACAUCCAGUACCGAAUCUAGUGACCCUGUUACAACCGACGCAUCUGUCAGUCCUGACGUAGACACGGCCGAUAGUUCUACUACCACUGCUGACGUUAUAACGAUCAAUACAUCUACCACGACUACUGCCCCUGACGUGGCAAUGACUGAUACACCUACUACCCCUGCUGAUCUUAUAUCUACAGUUGCAUCGGGCAUAAAUGCUGAUCCUGUAACAACCCAGACCCCUAUCGUCGCUGCUGAUAUUACAUCACCUGCUACCACUGAUGACGCUGUAAUGACCGAAGAAUCUACCACCACCUCUGAGUCUGUAAUCGCCGAGGUACCUAUUAGUACUGAUACUCCAUCGACGGAAACAUCUACCACCACUACUAGCCCUGCAACAACCAAGACACCUAUCCCUACUGACACUGCAGCAAAUGAUGCACCUACUACUACUGUUGAUGUUGCAACAACAGUUGCGGCUAUUAACCCCAGUGACUCCAUAACGACCGUUACUUCCACCAUCGCUGAGUCUACAACAGCCGAAGAAGAUAUCACCACUGAUAAUGCAUCGACUGAAACACCUACCACCAGUACUAGCCCUGCAACGACCAAGACAUCUACCUCUAUUGACACUGCAGCAAAUGAUACACCUACUAGUACUGCUGAUGCUGCAACAACAGUUGUCGCUAUUAACCCCGGUGACUCCGUAACGACCGUUACUUCCACCAUCGCUGAGUCUACAACAGCCGAAGAAGAUAUCACCACUGAUACUGCAUCGACUGAAACACCUACCACCAGUACUAGCCCUGCAACAACCAAGACAUCUACCUCUGCUGACACUGCAGCAAAUGAUACACCUAGUACCACUGCUGAGGCUGCAACAACAGUUGCGGCUAAUAACCCCGCUGAGUCUCUAACAACCGUAGCCUCCAUCACUGCUGUUGACCCUGAGGCAACCGAGGAACCUACUACUGCUGAUGGGGCAACAAUUCCAGCUACUAAUACUACUGACAGUGUAACAACCGUCGCGCCUCCAAACACUGCUGAUACUAGAAUACCCCUCACAUCUACUAGCACAGCUGACCAUGCAGAAACUGCCGAAUCUACCACCACUGCUGACGCUAUAACGAUGAUCACGUCUACUACCACUAGUGAUCCGAUAGUGGACGCUGCAACUCCCAGCACUAUUGACACCACAACGACUUCUGCAUCGAUCACGACGGAUCUUCCUACAACAAUAGUCGAAGAAGUGUCGGUGUAAAUUGAUUAAAAUCCCAGUUCAAUUAAGGAAAAAUCGUCUCCCGAGCAUCGAAUCUGUCAUUGCCUUCUCCAGAGUGAAGGUGACUUCAUGUCGGCUAAUUGGGGACUUCAAUUUCAAAGAGGAAUGUGCAUCUUGUGAAAAACAUCGUCAGCAGAUGAAGGACUAUCCCAUUGAAUAUGAACGUUCAUUUUUUGCAUAAAAAGUCUGUCUACAUUUCUCCUGCGUCGUAAAAGCAAAAGUGAAAUAAUGAAUGGUAAACUGCACGAACGUUACACUGUAAUAAUAGAGAAAAGUAGCCUCAUCUAAUGUCAUGAUUUAAUUAAAUUUUUUAA